AUGGAAGCAGAGAGUUCUGAGGAGGAGAUCAACUCUGACGUAACCAGUGAAGAUCUGGAUGGGUUUGUGGAGCCAGAUUACGGCAGAGAGCGUAGGGAUCUCUACGGUGAAAAAGUGAGUGAGUUGGAGCAGAAGUACGCGAAAUACGUUGAGAGAGAGGACGAGUCGACGACAGAGGAGAUCAGGCCACAAAUACGGCCAUUUCCAACAUCAAUGGAUCCGCUUCUUUUUCUAGUUCGAGUCAAAUUUGGUAAGGAAAAGAGCAUCGCAAACAGAAUCAUCGAGCAGGCUAAAGGUGUAGGAGACGUGACUGCUGUGGUCCAGAAGGACGGAUUGAAAGGAUACAUCUACGUGGAGGCGUUCAAGAGGACUGCUGUAGAUGAGGCGGUGCAAAGGGUGAAGAACGUCUACAAAAACAAGAUUUCAGCAAUUCCAUUUAGUGAGAUGAUUGACGCAUUGAGCUGUAGAAAGGACUAUAUUGUGAAUGAUUAUGCACGUGUGAAGUCUGGGAAGUACAAGGACGAUGUGGUGCAGGUGCUUGAGAACUACGAAGACUGCUGCCAGAUCAAGGCCGUUCCAAGACUGAAUGACAGAAGAAGACUCUUUGACCCAGAAGAAUUCAGGGCCCAGGUCACGGCCAAAAAUGGCGGAUUCUACUACAACAGAGACUUCUUCAGGGAUGGGUUUCUGAUUAAGACGGUUCUGAAGAUGUCACUUGAUUUCGACAUCCAGCCCACGUUCGAUGACCUGAAGCAGCUCGAUACUGAGAGACCAGUUCGGCUGAAUGACGCAGUUCGAGUUGUAAAAGGGGAUUUGAAGAAUUUCACUGGGAAGGUGGUGAGCGUAGCAGGGAGCACGUGUGUGGUCUCAGACGGAACCAGCACGUUCGACGUGGACGCAGGCUGCCUCGAGAAGCGCGUUGAGGUUGGAGACGUCUUCUCGUACGCUGGUGAAAAUGGAGUGGUUUUGCAGAAGGAAGGAAAUCGAGUUGUUCUUGGAAUACGAGAAAUGCAGGACGAGGUCUCUGUUCACAUCAACGACCUGGAAGGAAGAGUCGUUGAGAGACCAAAGACAACCAAAACAAGGCCACAGACGCCCAAGAAGCGCCUUGAUUUGCUUGUGAACAAAAAUGUGAGAAUUGUGGCUGGUGCCUACAAGGGGCUAGUUGGAAUUGUGAAGGAAGUUCAUAGGGAAAGAUGCAGGGUGCAACUGAUGUCUAAUUUGGAGUCAGUUCACGUCUACAAGAACGAUAUCAGAGAGAUAGCACCAACUCAGCAGGCACAGGCUUCAGCAACACCUGGAUACAAGACACCUGGAAGCAAAACACCAGGAUACACUACACCUGGUUAUAAGACACCAGGAUACACCACGCCUGGAUACAGGACGCCUGGAUAUGCGCCACCUGAGACAGAGAUUCAGGCAGCCAGCGUCUACUACGGGAUGAAGAUUCUCAUUGACGGGUCUGAGAAGACGGUGAGUAGAAUGGAAGAGAGCAUCUACUACACCACAGAUGGUAGGGAGGUGGCUGCUACUGAAAUGGUGCCAGUGAGGCCGACGAACAAGUACGAUCCAGUAUUCAUAUUCAGGGGAGACCACAAGGAGAAGAAUGGUGUUCUGAUUGAGUUUGAAGAAGAGAUCGGGAAGGUGGAGCUGAUGGGAAAUGAGUACGUGAGAGUGAAACUAGAUGACAUGGCUGUGAAGAAUUAG